UCAGCUUCCUGUUCCGGUAGAAACCGGAAAAGGCAGGGCGCCAUCGUUGAUGAAGCCUGUCAUGUCUCCUGUCGGUGAAGUUUCUCCCCCACACUGAGACAUGGAGGAGAGGUACAACGAAAUCGGUUUCGUCCAGCAAAUACUGGGCCUGAAUCUGGUUCCGAGGAAGAACGGAACGCCGCUGGGGAACGACACGUCACUGCGGGACUUCUCAGAGAUGUGGUACGGCGUGUUUCUGUGGGCAGCCGUCUCCUCCCUGAUCUUCCACCUGCCCGCGGCGCUCCUCUGCCUCGCCACCCUCCGCCAGCACAAGCUGGCCCGCUUCCUGCCCAUCGCCAUCCUCCUCAUGGGCGUGCUGGGCCCAGUCUGCGGCGGCGUCCUCACCAGUGCUGCCAUCGCCGGAGUCUACAAAGCAGCCGGGAAGACCAUGAUAUCCCUGGAGGCUCUGGUGUUCGGGGUGGGACAGUCGUUCUGCGUCCUCGUCCUCUCCUUCCUCAGAAUACUGGCCACCCUUUAGCAGCACCGGGGCCGACUUUGAGUCGGGACAGAACCCCAGCUGAACUCUGAGCAGGGCCGAACCUCGAGUCUUUGGACUCCACCUGUUGGGUUCUACAGGACCGUCGUGGGACAGGCCAGCUCAGCAUCGAGACAUCUGGAGCUUAGAAUGCUGCGCUGGCGUCAGAUUGAACUCAAAAACAGCCCCUACUCUUCUUUACGGGGGGGGCAGCUGCACGUGGUGAAUGCGAUGUGUUGCCAUGGUUACCGCUCAGCGGUCUCAGGGUGUUUCCAUGCAGAGAUGCUGAUGCACUUUCACACAGGAAGUUUUAUGCAAAAAUGUUGCUCCAUCGUUUGAGGCCUUAAUUUCUACUUUCAACCUUCAGAGUUUUUAUUGAUGUGGGGGGUUGAGGGGUCAUGUGACGCAAAGAACUCUGGGAUCUGAUGAGUUAAAAGCUUUGAACUGAUUGGUAUAAAUCCAGUGUCCUUUGUAACUUUUUUGAUGGAAUCUGAAUUUCUACUUUAUUUUUCUGCAGAUUUUAUUUUUCUGUUUCAAGCGUUUCUAUGAGCUCGCUCCUUCCUCACAUGUUCAGCUUUAGUUCUGCACGGUAAAGGCAGCAGACGCAUUUAUGUUCGCACUGACUGUUGUGUUUGAAACCUUUUCUGUCUGAAGUUCCAAUAAAGCUGAAACAAAUGUU